AUGAGGAAAAAAAAAAUAAAAAAAGAAGCAUUGAAGAGAAAAAUUGAAGACACUACACAGAAACAAAACAAAAUUCAAGAUUCAUUCAACUCAAAAUCAUAUUUAUCACAAAACAGUGCAAGAGCUAAAUUAAUUACCCAAAAUAUAAGUGAAAUGAUUGCGUUAGAUUACCAACCAUACUCGAUUGUCGAAGACCGUGGAUUUAAGAACUUAAUGUACACAUUAGAGAGCAAGUAUAAAUUACCCAAAAGACAAUAUUUAGCUUCUACUGCAAUUCCUCGGCUGUAUUCAAAAAAAUUAUCUCUACUCAAAGAAGAAAUUAACACUGAAUUGAAUAGUAUGCAAUCCAUAUCAUUUACUUUUAAUAUAUGGAUAAGUGGGGCUCAACAACCAUAUAUAUCACUAACAACACAUUAUUUAACAAAACAAUUUGAGCUUCGUAACAAAACACUAGGAUGUUCAUACUUUCCAGGUGAACAUCAUGGAAAAAGUAUUUUUCUUAAAAUUAAAUCUAUGGUUAGUGAAUGGAACAUGGAUAUUUUAAGUUUAAAUAUUCCUAUUUAUAUGGUCACAGACAAUGCAAGAAAUAUAAGUUGUGCAUUAAAUAAAUAUAAUUCCAAUGAUAACUUACAUCACUAUUUUUGUGCAGCCCACACAUUACAAUUGGCCAUCCAAGAUGCUUUAAAAGAAAAUAAUAUGGAAAGUUUAUUAAAAAAGUGUCGUUCAAUUGUAACUCAUUAUAACUACAGUAACAAAUCUUGUGAACGUUUACAACAAAUUCAAGUUCGAUUAAAUCUUCCAAACCAUAAGCUCAUACAAAUGGUCGAGACUCGUUGGAACAGUGUGUUUUUAAUGUUGGAGCGCAUAAUAGAACAAAAAGAAGCAAUUGUUUUGGAUUUGCAAAACUGGGUAAAAGACAUUGAUAUUACAGUAGGAGAGUGGAAACUUAUUAAUGGAUAUGUUGAAAUAUUAAAGCCUGUUCUUGAAGCAACAAAGGAAUUUAGCCAAGAAGAUAUACCAACAUUUGCAAUGCAAUACAGCACAUACUUACUAGCAACAGCAAUUGAUCCUAGAUUUAAAACUAUACUUAUGGAAUCAUAUGAAGUAGAAAAUGUAAAACGUUUGCUUACAACAGAAGUUGAGAGUUUUAAAUUAACAAGUGAUACAAAACUAGAAACAACUGAACAAAAUAUACAACCCAUAACAGUACCUGUUCCGACAAAUUCACUGUGGGCUAUUCUUCAAGAGCGAUCAAUCUCCAGUACUGGCAAUGAAGGACUAACAAGCUGUGUUAAAAAUGAGAUACAGGAAUAUUUGCAUCAACCACUUCUUCCUCCUACAUCAAAUCCCCCUUGUAUGGUGGAAAACUAA